AUGCACGGCCAUCUCGUUCGGUCGCUCCAUUCAGCUUCCCCUCCCAAAAGUCUAAAGAGUCUUGAGUCUCAAUGGGUCAGAGCUCGUUUCGCACUCGAGGAAGUAAACGAUCGUCAGUGGGAGGUCAAACGAAGAGCAUGCGUCAAGGCCAUGAGAGGAUUCAGGGUUAAGCUGACAACCAUUGACGAAGUAGAAGAUGAGUUUGCUCUUGUAGACGCAAAUCCCUCGAUGGCUGGCUCUACUACUCAGCUCUCUCUGCCAGAGUACACCGUCUCAUCCACAACCACCCAGGACGUCCUUGAGGUAAAGGGUACUAAAAGAAAGACUUGUCGCAAUGUCAGAGCCCACCACAGUUUUGCUGGGGCCUCGCCCAACAACCGGCGACAGUGCUCUGUCCCUACGCUAAGGACCAGGAAAGGAACCCACGUCAGCAGCUCAAAUAAAGCUAGAAUCGGGGUCAAAAAGAAGUCUCCCAUCGCAGUCAGGUUCCGCCGCAGGCUGUACAGAUCCAACAGAUCCCCACUCGAGGCUCAAUUAUGUCGACCAGACCGGGCUAUGAACAACAGCCGGAAACUCCUUAACCUCGACAGUGACCCCUGCCUGGGCAAUACUCCCGUCCCUGGCAGCAUCGUUACAGCAGAGAUCAUAACUGUUCAACCCAGCUUACAGGAAUCUAUAGCGAGAAAGAGGUGUCGUGAUUUCACUUUCACCGACUGGUUCAUCGCUGCCAUGUUUGUACUUCAAUACCUUGCCUGGAUAACUCUGGGCUGUCUCUUCGCAUCCGUGGUAGGGUCCUAA